AAGAGGUGAACUCAUGCAAGGUAGUAUAAAGACGUUACGAAUAGACUGAUCAUGACUCGACAACCUUUUUGUGCACUCAGCUCUUAUUGUUCUGAGCCCAGAAUUCAUCUUCCAUUUAUCGCUUUGGGUCUGACUCCUCAAACCUUCUUCCAAAAACCAACAGAACAAUAAACCUCUCCCAAAAGCGCGAUGUUUGCCAAGUUCACCCCCAUCUACCUCGUUGCAUGCUUUGCUGCUUUAGCAUUUGCAUCACCUGUACCGGUCGCACUUCCUGAAGCUGUUUCCCUUGCUAACACGGAACUCCUUGCUCGCGAGGCUCUGCCAGUUGCAGAAGCUUUUGUUGAACGCGAACCUACUCCUGAAGAGUUGGAAGACGUCGAGGCCAGGAUAUGCCGCUAUGGCUGCCUGUGAUCGAACCCCUGUUCCCACACCCACUUUUUGUAUUAUCAACGCCUCGCUAUCCUUUCUACCGUCGCCUUCGUCGUGCGGUCCAGCUCGAUGCGGACCGCAAACCCAUUUUGUCAUACCUAGCCGCUAUUUUUUCUUCCCCGAUGACCAUUCCGGACAAUAUUCUGGAUACCAUUUUCUUACGCACAUCACGAGUUUGAUUUGUUAAUUGGUGGAGUUCUGUAACUGUAUUUUACUUGAGGGUCAUAGAUGCUGUAUCGCUAUCAAAUUGUUUUCGUAUGUUUCUAUAUAGAAUGUCCACGUUGAACACAUAGCUGCGGUGUGAAGUACCUGAGUCCUAAUAUGAUCCUUGAAAAGAAGGAACGAUUGUAUUCAUUCUUCCAAG